UUAGACCGUUUGCGAUAAUGCGACUGAAGGUGAUCACUCGAUUGUGCUUUUACAAUGGCGAUUGCAAUGACAAGUAGAAUGGUGCUUGCACAGGCAACAACACAGAGACAAAAGCAUAGGGAAGAGUGCGAGUACAAAGUAUAUGUGGGGAGCAUGAGACUGAGGGCAACACCUGGUCCUGCACAAUGGGCUUUCUCCACUGCUUAUUCCGUGGCCUGCUGGGACGUCCAACAUUUCAUCGUUCUCUUCAAGCCUCAACAUGCUUAUGGCCCAUGCUUACUUUUUGACUUUCAACCUAAAGACCCUACAAAUCCACAUAUAGCUUUAGCAGCACUGUUUGGUCAUGGUGUUCCAGGAAUCGUACAAAAAAGGGAGUUACCAAAAUUACCAACAAAAAGAUAUUGGUUGAUAGGAGAAGCAGAAAAGGACGUUUCCAUACAAAGGGCUACAGAAUUUAACCAACAUUGGGCUACUGAAUUGAAGUUGGGAGAACAUGAUUGCCGACAUUAUACAAAUGCUCUUAUUGAGCACAUUAUGGGCGAGCAUAAUGUAUUGGGACGCUUAAGGAACACAAUACCAGAUUAGGUAUUUGAUGUAUUCUUGGUGCCUAUUAUUUUAUAAAACAUUCAGCCUUUUUCCUGGCAUUUUUACAGCUAAGGAUAAAAGUAGAUAUUCAAAUAUUUCUUAUAUGCCUAUUGUGGCAAACAGAAGUUUAUGUAAAAUGAAAAACUGGAAAAAAUAUAUGAAUUUUCUUAACCCAAACGAUACCAACUAACAAUAAUUUUAUGUGAUGAUACUCUUUUCUUUA